ACUCUCUAGCGACGCCUCCCGCCGACCGCGGACACUGCUCUCCGCCAGGACACGGGUCGGACCUGGGGGGCCGCGCGCGCCGGGAGAGCGGGCAGGGGAGGGCGCGCGAGGUGUGAAUGGGUCGGACGGGUGGGGCAGGCAGGGGACCGACUGCGUCUUCUGAGCUCCAUGCCAGCUCACCAGGGGCCAGCCGCCAAGCCCGUCGUGACUGCGGGCCGCUCCCCACCUCGCCGCGCCAGCCUCAACGUGCCCCGGUGGCCCCGGCCCGUGCGCCCUGGAGCGCUGGGGCUGGGGUGCCGGCAGAGGGCGCACGCGGGGGCUCGGGGGCGGGCGGGGGACUCCGCGGGAGGCGGGACUGGGGGGAGGUUCCUGGGCCGCCCCCUCCCGCCCCCUGCCCGCGCUGCCCGCCCGCCAGGAGCUCCAGACACCGAGGCAAGAGGCGGGCGGUGUCCCCGGCGCGCUCCGCCCGCUCGCCGCGCGGCUCCUACCUGUAGAGCCCGGGCGCCCCUUCCCCGGGCACCCAUCCUUUCCCUGCCUUCGGAAACCUCCCGCCCCGCUACCCGCGUCUCGGACAGGCGGCGCUGGGACCCCGGGGCAGGGCGCCAGGCUCGCAGCUGGUGACAUGUAGACGCCCCCGGGUUCAGCCUCGGAACCUGGGCGCCUUUCUGCCUGGAAAGUUUGGGGCUGGGCGCCAUGGCCAAGAGCAGCUCCCUGAAUAUCCGCGUGGUGGAGGGCCGGGCACUGCCCGCCAAGGAUGUGUCUGGGAGCAGCGACCCCUACUGCUUGGUGAAGGUGGACGACGAGGUGGUGGCCAGGACAGCGACUGUCUGGCGGAGCCUGAGCCCCUUCUGGGGUGAGGAGUACACCGUGCACCUGCCCCUGGACUUCCACCACCUGGCCUUCUACGUGCUGGACCAGGACACCGUCGGGCAUGAUGACAUCAUCGGCAAGAUCUCACUGAGCAGGGAGGCGAUUGCAGCUGACCCCCGAGGGAUUGACAGCUGGAUCAACCUAAGCCGCGUGGACCCGGAUGCGGAGGUGCAGGGGGAGAUCUGCCUCGCGGUGCAGAUGCUGGAGGAUGUGCGGGGCCGUUGCGUCCGCUGCCACGUGCUCCAGGCCAGGGACCUGGCCCCCCGGGACAUCUCUGGCACAUCAGAUCCAUUUGCACGUGUGUUUUGGGGCAGCCAGAGUUUGGAGACCUCGACCAUCAAGAAGACUCGCUUCCCACACUGGGAUGAGGUGUUGGAGCUGCGGGAGAUGCCAGGGCCACUGUCCCCACUGCGGGUGGAGCUCUGGGAUUGGGACAUGGUGGGCAAGAAUGACUUCUUGGGCAUGGUGGAGUUCCCCCCUCAGGUCCUGCAGCAGAAUCCACCCAAUGGCUGGUUCCGCCUCCUGCCCUUUCCCAAACCUGAGGAGGAUUCUGGGGGGAGCCUGGGGGCCCUGCGGCUGAAGGUGCGCCUGACCGAGGACCGGGUGCUGCCCUCCCAGUGCUACCAGCCGCUCACGGAGCUGCUCGUGACGUCCGUGCUGGGGCCAGCAGAGGAGGACACUGCCGGCCCCUUGGCUCUCCUGGAGGAGCUGACCUCGGGGGACUGCCGCCAGGACCUUGCCACCAAGCUGGUGAAGCUCUUUCUCGGCCGGGGCCUGGCUGGGCCCUUUCUGGAUUAUCUCACCCGGCGUGAGGUGGCUCGGACCACUGAUCCCAACACCCUCUUCCGUUCUAACUCAUUGGCAUCCAAGUCGAUGGAACAGUUCAUGAAGCUCGUGGGCAUGCGCUACCUGCACGAGGUCCUGAGGCCGUCCAUCAACCGCGUCUUUGAGGAGAAGAAGUACAUGGAGCUGGACCCGUGCAAGAUGGAGCUGGGCCGUGCCCGGAGGAUCUCCUUCAAGGGUGCACCCUCGGAGGAGCACGUGCGGGAGACCAGCCUGGGGCUGCUGACGGGCUACCUGGGGCCCAUCGUGGAUGCCAUCGUGGGCUCCGUGGGGCGCUGCCCGCCGGCCAUGCGCCUGGCCUUCAAGCGGCUGCGCCGGCGCGUGGAGGACUGCUUCCCCCAGGCUGAGCACGAGCAGGACGUGAAGUACCUGGCCAUCAGCGGAUUCCUCUUCCUGCGAUUCUUCGCACCUGCCAUCCUCACUCCCAAGCUGUUUGACCUCCGGGACCAGCACGCGGACCCCCAGACCAGCCGCUCGCUGCUGCUGCUCGCCAAGGCCGUGCAGAGCAUCGGAAACCUGGGCCAGCAGCUGGGCCAGGGGAAGGAGCUGUGGAUGGCCCCCCUACACCCCUUCCUGCUGCAGAGCAUCUCGCGCGUGAGAGACUUCCUGGACCAGCUGGUGGAUGUGGAGGAAGAGGAGGAGGUUGGGGUCCCCGCUGGCGCCCUGGUCCCGCCCUCGAUGACGGUUCGAGAAGGCUACCUGCUGAAGCGCAAGGAGGAGCCCGCCACCCUGGCCACACGCUUCGCCUUCAAGAAACGCUACUUUUGGCUCAGCGGGGAGACCCUGUCCUACUCCAAGAGUCCUGAGUGGCAGAUGCGCUCCUCCAUCCCGGUGUCGAGCAUCCGCGCCGUGGAGCGCGUGGACGAGGGCGCCUUCCAGCUGCCGCACGUGAUGCAGGUGGUGACUAAGGACGGCGCCGAGACGCUGCACACCACUUACCUCCAGUGCAAGAACGUGAACGACCUGAACCAGUGGCUGUCGGCCCUGCGCAAGGCCAGCGCCCCCAACCCGGACAAGCUGACCGCCUGCCACCUGGGUGCCUUCCGCGGCGGGCGCUGGACCUGCUGCCUCCAGGCGGAGCGCGCAGCGGCUGGCUGCAGCCGCACACACUCGGCUGUCACCCUGGGGCACUGGAGCGACCCACUGGAUCCUGAUGCUGAGGCCCAGAUGGUGUAUCGGCAGCUGCUCCUGGGGCGGGAACAGCUCAGAAUGAAAUUCCUGGAGGAUCCCACUGUGGGUACAAUUCCAGAGGCAGACAAAGGGAAGGGCCCUGGUGCCAGGGAAGCAGACUCUCCUGAUGGCCUGGCCCGGCAGAGAGCAGCAGCUGCCCACCUGCUGGAUGUGCUCGCAGACCUGGAUCGAGCCCAUGAUGAGUUUCAGCAACGGGAGCAGGAGAAUGUGGCUUUGGGACCUCUCAGGCCCUGAGGAGAUAUUGCAACAGCCUGCAAGGAGGAGCAAGGAGCUCUGGGCCCUCCUCAGCGUACCCUUGGGGGAGCCUCCUCCUGGCCUGUCCUGUACCUUCUUGAUGCCAUGGCUUGGAGGCUCCCAGAGAUGUGCCUCAUCCCCUGUGCCCGGAGCCAGGGCCUGGUGCUGAAUGAAUCACACUCUCUGGGCUGAGGUGGACCAGAGCGGGUAGAAUAAGGAACUUGACCUAUUUGGCUGAGUCUGGGGCCUCUGCUUCACUGGAUGGCCUCUGCCCACACCAACGAGGCAGCCUGGCUGUGCACUGCUGGAUACAGCUAUACCUGAACUCCUGAUACCCAUGUGGCCUUCUUGCCCCAGAUAGGCACUAAAUGAGCUCAACCCCUUCUGUUUUCAUGUCUGCCAAUCCCUGAAAUCUCACUGAUCCUCCUUCACCUUACCCUUGGCCAAGGACCCUCAACCUUCCAGAACCAGGUGUCCCCAGGAGGAACUGAGGCUGGGAACCCAGGGUACCAGACUCAGACCCUUGGAAACUGGGAGAUCUCUGGCCAGGCUCUUUUCCCCUCUCUGAGCCUCAGUUUACCCUGUAUAAAAUGAAGGGGGAAAAAUCCGUGUUUCACAAACUGGGUUCCACCAAGGUGCCUUAGGAACCAGGGAGGGGUUUCGCAGGCUGUGGUCCAAAGCCCACCCCCCUGGAGUGUUUGCUGAAAAUGCAGAUUCCUGUGC